AUGAGAUUGCAGCGUUUCGUCUUGCAAAGUUUGCAGCCAAACAUCGCGCAGAGCCAGAUCUGUGACACUUCACAUGCGGCGCCUACCACCCUCAACGCUAAGACGCUGCAGUCUGCUCGUGCAGGCACCGCGUAUUUCCACAUCCUCUCGACGCCGCAACGCCAGUCAUUACUCCCCUCUCGGCCUGCUGCACGGUCACAGGGCUACUGCUACAUUCUGUCCAGCACGACGAACUUUCAACUGUCUUUCAUGGACCAAGUGCUCAACGUCAACCGCACGGGCAACGAAGCCAACCAGAUCAGGCCUGGAAUCGCUGCAGCCCUGGUGACCAGUCAGCCCCGGUCCCGCUUCCGCUCGCAUUCGACCAGUCAUGUAGCCGCUUUGCCGGCCCUGACCAGAUCUUUCCGAGCCCAGUCAGUCUCGUCCCUUGCAAGCUGCAAGCCGACCGUCUCUUUCGAGCGCACUAAGCCAAAGGAUGACACGACUUCAUCGUCAGAAGUUCCACCUCUGACGGGCUUACAGAAACCCGACAGACCGGGAUCGCUUCAAGCCACCUGGCUAGAUCCAUUGGCACGCAUGAGUCGCUCUGAUGUUAGCUCAACGAUGUCUCCAGUGUUUCAGUGGACAUCGCCUUUCUCGUCAUGGACCUCGGGCAUGCUGUCAGCGAUGGCACAGCAGGGUUCACCAAUCAGCGACCAGGUCACGCUCAGUCCUUGCUCAACGAUCCCCUUCUGGGAUGGUCCGUGGCCAGGCAGUGCAUGGUCAACGCCGGAAACGUCUGCCCUUCAGACUCCCGUCGUGAGCGCUCGCGGUCCGCUUACGUCAAAUGACGAGUGUCUGCCUAACGAGCUUGACCCCUCAUCAAACGCUCCCUGGCAGCUGUCGCGGCUUUCGACACUCAUCGCGCGUGUCCCUGGCCUCGCCAGCAGCAUAUCAGAAUCCGAUGAGGUCGACGACAGCGACAAUGAUACAGACACUGGUCGCGCUGGCUUUCAGACCCUUAAAGCCAAGCUUCAGAUGGAUCUUCGACAGCAGGGAAACCAAGCCCGCCUAUCGCCAUGCAGCGUAUCCACUAGCUGCAUCCAGUCACGAUCCGCUUGCAAUCCAUAUGCACAGCCCACAGAACCUGUCACAGAAGCGGAUCACCAUGCUAGCGGAGCCCCUAGAUCAACGAGCGGCCGCAAAAGUUCGCGUUCGCGCAAGCGUACAUGCGGAAGCAUUCGCAACCACCGACCGCAUCGCUGUGAUUACUGUCCGCUCUCAUUCGUUCGACGCUACGAUCUGCAUCGUCACAGAAGACUGCAUACCGCCGUCAUGUACACGAGUGCGAAGAACGAUCUGAUGGGAUCGCGCUGGAGCUCGCCUCAGCUGAUCGUCGCCGCCGGGCGUCUCGCUAGAUGUUACCUUGUCAUCCCCAUUAUCAGCAGAUCAAGCCUGCUGAACCUCGGUCAGUACGACCAGAGGAAGCGCACGUUCGCCGCCGCCUGCAACACCUUGCAAUCUACGAUAAAUCAUGGACUUUAG